UGUGCCGCGAUAUCGCGCAAAAUCAUUCCGCAACCCCCAGGAUAUCCCUUCUUACGUAAAGGGUAGUAGACGGAACAGUUGAAAGACGAUGGCUGACAAAAAAGUGAACGAAUAUUAUACACGGCCACCGACUUUAACCAAAUGGGAGGGAUUCAAAUUAUUCUUGUGGAAUCCCGAGACGAAGCAAUUCCUGGGAAGGACAGGGGCCAGUUGGGGAAAAAUUUUAUUAUUCUACCUAAUAUUCUAUGCCGUUUUAAUAGGAUUUUUUGCUGCUAUGUUAGCAGUAUUCUACCAAACAUUAGAUUCCAAAAAACCCAAAUGGGAAUUAGACAAUGGUUUAAUUGGAAAUAAUCCAGGUUUAGGAUUUCGACCAAUGCCUCCAGAAAGUAAUGUAGAAAGUACAUUAAUUUGGUAUAAAAGUAGUGAUAAGGGAAAUGUCCAUUAUUGGCAAGCUGAACUUAAGAAAUUUUUACAGACUUACCGUAAAGAAAAUAAUCCACACUACAAUAAUGUUGAACAGUGCAGUAUGUUUGUCAGUCCGACGCCAGGUAAAGUAUGUGAUGUUAAAAUGACUCCUCAGAAAUGGAAUCCUUGUUUAGAAGAAGCCGGAUUUGGAUUCGAAGACGAAAAAGGAGGUCCUUGUAUUUUCCUUAAACUUAACAAGAUUUACAACUGGAAUCCAGAAUACUAUAAUUCAACUAAUCUACCUGAUGCCUCUAUAAUGAGUGAAUAUAUCAGAAAAGAUAUCUUAGAAGCUGAAUCCAGGAACGAGCAUCAAAUGGUUUGGGUAACUUGCGAAGGAGAGAAUCCUGCCGACAAGGAAAACAUUGGUCCAUUACGAUAUAUACCUCAGCGAGGUUUCUCGUCUCAGUACUUCCCGUUCAAAAAUCAAGACGGUUACCUUUCGCCUCUAGUAGCUGUCCAUUUUGAAUCACCCAGACGUGGUGUAUUGAUCAACAUUGAAUGCAAGGCAUGGGCAAAAAAUAUCAUUCACGACCGCGUCGACAGAAGAGGGUCAGUUCACUUCGAACUUAUGGUGGACUAAAAACAUCAUCAUUAUCAAGUAGGCCAAAUAUGGGCUCUGACAACUGCCAUCAAGUAAAAUCGCAAGGGCUCGCAUUUUUAGAAUUCAAAUUUCCGUAAAAUACAAAUAUGGUGACGGUCUAGAUAGUUUAGUUACCAGAUAUUAGUUCACGACAACCUUAGGAAUUUUAUCUUUGCCAUCACUGUUAGUUAUAUACAGUCGAUUCGGAAACAUAUAGUCGUUCAAGACAAGAAGUUGUAGUUUACUUAAAAACUAUCACUUCUCGUCCUUCAUAACAUACAGAGGUUAUUUUUCUUACUUGCGGCUUGCAGUUCUGAAAUAUCAGCUUUUCCAAGCUUAAAAAGAUCUCACAGUUUAUAACUUUGGAAAACCUUGGUAUUUCUCAGGACAGUAUCUUAAGUUUCCCGACUAUAUUUUUGUGGAUCGCCAAAUUGUAUUUUAGGUCGCUUUUGGCCACCUAUCACUGACUUCCAUAGGUGUACCCAGGGUAAGCGUCAAUGGGGGUCGAAUACUUCACUUGAUUGCAAAUUUUUGUAAAGGUGACAGCCGUUUUUGUGUCCGGAUCAUGUGUCGAAUAUAUAAUCAGGAAAGCAUUCCCUUAAGUGGUUUUAAACACCGUGGAUCCCAAAUUUCCCAAACAUUUAAUGACCAUAUUACAACAUGUUGUAUGUAUUGAUACUCACACAAAAAAGUGCUACAAACUCGAAGCAAAGGAAGUAAUAGGAUAAUAUAUGUAUAGAAUACCUAACAUAUUGGAAUAUUGUUUUUUAUGUUACAAGUCUAUAGAAGUUGGGACAGAACACAAUGGACGCACUGCCGGAAAACGUAGCAAACAUCAGGACUACUGGUAAAAAACAACUUAUUUUUUUUUGUUUAUUUAACACUGCCCUGACUUGAUAUAGCGAAACCGGUAAUAAUAUCUCAAAACCUUGGCUUAUUGAUGUACCCCCUGAUCUUUCAGAUUAGGUGUAUGCAUUGAAAAAUAUCCAAACACCUAAUAUAAAAUAAGAAAACUGUGUCAUUAACAAUAUGAAAAACAAUUAAUUUGAAAGAGUUUUCAACUGAACAAUGCCUUACAAUUUAUACAAGGUGAUUCAGUGAAACUGUACGAUUUGGCACCGCUGCUGAAGAUAAAAUAGAGGACCCGCGGGCUUGCGACGUAAACGUUGUGAAUCUAGAGAAGAGUGGGAAGUUUAGUUAUCAUGGACACGUGAUCGGGUGAACAACGUGCAUUUACUAUGAAAGCUUAUUACAAAAAUGGUGAAAGUUUUGUGCGUAUACAACGAUCGCGUUUCGUUUACACUACCAUUUGCCGCCCCGCGAUGCAGUUCCGUCUAACAUGGCUAUUAAGACUUGGGUUAGAAACUUUGAAAGUAGUGAAAGUAGUAAAAUAGGUGGUAGUGUCAAAACUGCUCGCACACCACAGAAUAUUGAAGUGGUGCGAAAUUUGCGAAAUUUAUUGCACGCAAGUCGUCGCAGGGAGUCGCUUCGAGGACUUCCGUGUAAUGAAUUUCACGCCGCUUCAAUAUUCUGUGGUGUGCGAGCAGUUCUGAUACUGCCACCUCUUUCUGUUAUGUGAAACCACUACUUUCAAAGUUCUUAACCCAUGUCUUAAUAGCCAUGUUAGACGGAACUGCAACGCGGGGCGGCAAAUGGUAGUGUAAAGGAAACGCACUCGUUCUACACGCACAAUACUUUCACCAUUUUUGUAAUAAGCUUUCACAGCAAAUGCGCGUUGUUCGCCCGACCACGUCUACAUGAUAACUAAACUUCUCACUCUCUAGAUUCACAACGUUUACGUCGCAAGCCCGCGGAUCCCCUAUUUUAUCGUCGGCAGCAUUGCCAAGUCGUACCGUUUCACUAAAUCACCUGUUAUCAAAAAAAUUUUGGGAUCCAUUGUGUUAUUUUUACUGUCGUUACCCCUGAUAACGGCAGUAGAGUAUAAGGCUGUUUUACAUUUAGCUCAAUGUUAUUAUUUACAAAUUUAAAAUGUUAUGCUGUCUGUUUCUUUAACAACGUUAUUUUCCUCGGCUAGUAUUAUUUUAAAUUGCCGUUAUGGAAAUUUUAUAUAAAAGUGUUAAAAAGUGUAUAUAUAUUUUCUAAAAUAACCGAUUUGUUAACUUAUAUGAUUAAAAAAUCCUUGAGGAAAUGGGCGCUUGUUUAAUCCGCAUGCCAUUUAGUGUAACAGUUUUUGACGCAUCACAAUAAACUAUAAAAGAACAUUGUAGUGGACUACUUAAGUCUGAUGUCACACGGGAGGGGGACCUUAUAUGAUCCUUCGAAACAAACUUUUAAUUCCGGUCUACAAGAGAUUUUAUUUUAAAUUUAUUCCUUAAUUUCUUAAAAAUAAGAAAAUUAGAUAAUUUAGGUAAACGCUUAAAUAGAUCAAUUCUGUAUAAUAAUCGACAGUGUACUAGGGCGGUCCGAUAAAUACUUAGCCACAAAAGAAAAACGAAAAUUUUGCAAUAGUGGUGAUUUAUUUUUUGAAAGAAAGUAGUAGAUAAAUUUCUGCCAGGCGAGUGACUUUUUCAAGUUUGAAAACAAAAAGUCGUACAGGGCUAAAUCUGGAAAAUACAGUGGAUGGGACAGCAGUUGGAGGUGUAAGCUGAAGCGUUGUCAUCGUGGAAGAGUAGGUACUCUUUCCUUCUUCAAUUAUGGCUGUUUUUUUCUGAAAUUUGUCCUCGAAUUGGCUCAAUAAUGCUGAAUAGAAAAGCCCUGUGACUGUUUUGACCAUUUCCAGGAAGUGGAUAUAGAUCACACCUUGUAAAUCCCAGCAAAAGGUGGCCAUCACCUUUCCGGCCGAUUGGACAGUCUUCGCCCUCUUCGAAGCACGUUCACGGGGUGACGUCUACUGCAUCGACUGUUCCUUGGUCUCUGGUGUGUACCAAUGGAACCAUACCUUGUUGACUCAUCAUCAUUAUCAGUCUCUCUCAAUCCACUGCUGACAUAGGCCUCCCCUGUUUGUCUCCAAAGUUUUCUAUCUUGUGCUUUUUGUAUCCAGUUUUUUGUUGUCUUUCGUAAGUCGUCUUGCCAUCGUAUUGGUGGUCUUCCUCUGCUACGUUUAUCGGUUCUUGGUCUCCAUUCAACUAGUUUGCGAGUCCAUCUUCCGUCCUUCAUUCUGGCAACGUGUCCAGCCCAUUUCUAUUUUAAGUUACAGCUUCUUUCAAUGACGUCUAUGACUUUGGUCUUAGCUCGUAGAUCUUCGUUUCUAAUCCUGUCUCGCAGAGUGGCCCCUAUCAUUGAUCGCUCCAUUCUUCUCUGCGCUACUCUUAGUUUUUGUGCGUUUUUCUUUGUGAGCGAUAAUGUUUCUGCACCAUAGGUCAUCAUCGGUAGCACGCAUUGGUCGAAAACUUUUUUCUUCAUGUUAGUUGGAAUGUCAAUCUUAAAAAUGUCCCCAAGAGCUCCGUAUGCUGCCCAUCCUUGUAUUAUUCUUCUGGAUACUUCUGUUGUUUGCUUGUAAACCGCUUGGAUUACGCUUACACAGCCUCAAAUACUGGAAUGAAGUUGUCUCAUGGUUGUACUUAUUGUCCGAACUGAAAAAAUGUGGUAUCCAUCGCGCCGACAGCUUUCUUAUGACCAAAAUAUCAUGCAGGAUAUGACCAACAAGAUCUUUUGAGAUGCCUGCUGCCUCAGCUAACUUACGCACCUUCAGUCGGCGCUCUGCCAAUGUUAGAUCGUGGAGUUCUUUUACGAUAUCCUCCGUGGUAGCCGUUUUCGGGGCACCUGGGAGUCACUUAUCAAGACCGCAAUGAAGCUCGUUAAAAUAAUUUUUGACGGUCGCCAUCGAAUGAAAAGUGUCACCGUACACAGUAUUCAAGCGCUUUUUUAUUUCGCUGCGGAAUUUCGCUUCCAAAAAUAAGAGUCGAAUCACCAUCCGAUAUUGCUCUUUUUUCAUUCGGCUGAGUCCGAUUCGGCUGAGAGUUUGAUAUAGAUAGACGGUCUACAAGAAUGUAUUAUUUACAUGAUAUUAGACUUCUCUUGCGAUAUUGGCGCCAUCGGGCGCAGAGGCUAUAUACUUAUCGGACCAACCACGUAGGUAAAAUAAUGUAUUCUCAUUUAUAAUAGAUUGAAAAAUAAGAUUAAAAUGGAAUAUAUCUUACGAUCUUUACAAAUGGUUAUUAGUCUGCUUGGUAAGGUUCAUAAGUUCCAACCAGCUUGUGAGACUUCACAACUUCAGUCGGUCCAUUGUUACUGAUUGUAUGAGGUAUUCGAGUAUAUUAUAUUACUUAAAAGCUAAAGACAUACGUCUUUGUGUUGUGAUAGAGACGAAUGUGUUAUAUUAUUUCUGUAAAUAAAAUUUCGUUGUAAUUUUAUAGCAUAUGUAUUCUUUUAUAGUAAAAGUAAGCAGUAUUCGUUUGUGCAUUGAAUAUUAAGAAAUUUAAGCGUAGAUGUCCGCAUGUACCAAUAUUUUCUAUUAAAAGUGCUUUUAGUAAGUGUCGUGAAGUAAAACUUAUAGAGAUUUAUUGUAUUGUAAUCUCUCAUUUACCCGACAAUAUGAAUACAAAAGUGUUCUUGUGACGAGAAGACACCUGCCUUUUUUGUUAACUCAAAUAAAUAGACGAAAUUUUAAAUUAACAUUCUUUUUCUCUUUUUAAUACAAAUAAUUUCCUUAAACACAUCAUUUACACUGUACAUUUUUAUGGAAGGAGCAGUAGAAACAGUUGCAGUAAAAAGUUUAGAGUCGUUCAAUGAAAAUACAAUCCGUUUUCUCCAAAUCUAAAUAGCGGCAUCACUGUUUGAUGUGUCAUGUCAUGUCAUGUCAUGUGUCACUUGUCAUGUAAAGUUUAAUUAUAGGUUAUGGUCGUUAUGUUGCAAGCUGCCAUUUUUAUUGUUACGUCUCUCUUACAAUCGCUUCGAGUUUAAAAACACAUUUAACACGUAAGACAGACGCUGUUAGUAAAACACUACACUAAUCUAUGUACCUACUUGGAAAAUCCUAGUCGACUAUAAUUUUUGUGUAAAUUGAGGUGUAAAGGAACCUAGUAGAACACCUAGUAAAACGCUUAGCGGAACUAUGGUGGACGUCGGCGUUUGCCAAUAGGAAGACCAAGGAAGAGUGACAAGGUGACAACCGCUGCUAAAGAGAUAUUGAGGGUGGACAACUGGAGGAGAGCAGCCAGGGACAGAGCUACUUAAAGGCGGAUGCUGGGAAAGGCCAGAUUCCGACUUGGGCUGUAACGCCAUAGGAGAGAGAAAAGUGCAAAAAUUAAUACUGGAUUGGUUUUCUUGAGUUUCUUCUUGCGUAAAUAAUUUGGUAUUUUUUUAUGUUUAUUGAUUCCGUUUAUCCCUUCCAUUUUUUUCGAUUAUUAUUCCUGUGGAAUAGAUUCGCGUUUUCUAGUGUCUUCUCGUACUAAUAUCUCCUCUAUAGAAACUAAAUAAUAUAAAAAAUAUAUAAGACAAAUAUAAAAUCUGUUACACAACUGUCAUUAGAGAUUGAAAUAAAGCUUAAGAUUUUUUAACUUGCCUACAAUAGAGUUGAUAACAGGUUUUGUUUCACAUCUCUAUACUUAUGCCUGUAAACUGUAGAAUCUGUUCCGAAUGUCAGCAUUAAGUUACACAUUAACUGCCGAUAUCUGUUCUUUCUUAAAUAAUUGCCAGAAAAUUUCGUCUAAUCUUCAACGCCAUAAAUGCAAUGUAAAAAUUAAUCUUAGUAUACUUGUGAGUGCAGAAGGUGUGCUAUUGCCUUUUUAAACACAUGGCAUACUUACAUUAUAUUAUCGUUAAAUGUAUUCCUAUCCAGACCUCGUUCCAACAUAUUGCGGCUAGGAGCAGAAGAAUAAGACAGCUGACAAGCUAACCUACUGACAGUUGACAUUGACAUUAUUAUUAUGAAUGACACAAAAUGUAUUUAAGUUCAGUCAUCAUUUUUAUAUAAAAUUCACAUCUUAUUGCUAAAUAUUAUUUUCCAGUUAUUUGAUUAUAAAGAUCAGUGCAACGUAGUAGCCUAUAUAAAUAUUCUAAAUCUACUCACAGCCAAGAAGAAACAGGCUAAACCCGCUACCUUAUUCGGAAAGUUGGUCACGUGAUGAUUAUGAAUUUGACUCUUUUUAUUAGCUGUGAAUAUGUAUUUAGUAAUAAAAUAUACUUUAUAUCAAAACGGUAACUUUGCUUCACAAUAGGGCUAUUUAUUGCAUCAUUGCCACCAUUUUUCUCGCACACUUGACAUAUGACAUACAAUAUACGUCAUACGUCUUUGAUAUAUAAUUGGUAUAUACCAAUGACGUAUUACGUAUAUAUUGUACGUCAUAUGUCAAUAGCCAUCUGGAACAAGCGCAUAUCGUAAUAUUUUACUAUUAUCUCAACUGUCACUUACCUCUGCAAACAGGUAUUCAAAUGCAGGUCUGGAAACUGGCUUUGGUUAAGAUUACGCCUAACGGUAGCAUAAUGUAGGUGUGUUAUAACUAAAAAUAAAAAGAAUCCUACACUUACGGACACCUACGAUAUGUGUUAAGCACUGUUAAAAUGCUAUAGUUCUAUUAUAAGGAACAAAAAAGAUGAAUAUGCAAGAAAUUAAUAAUAUUGUUAUAAAUUACCAGAAGAUAAGUGUUAACUGUACUUCAUAGAGUCUAGAUUAUCCUAAUAAUACUUAGAUAAUAAUCAGUUUUAAGAUUUUCAAAAUGAAAAAUUCUACCGUUCGCAAGAUGUAGUAGACUGAUUAUUUUCCGAAAUGCAUUUUGCAUAUCAAAAGUAAACCGCCAAUAUGGCAAAAUAUUUUCGACGAAACUUUGGUAAUAUUUCAGUCAAUAAAACGCACAACGAUUUGGAAUGGUUACUUGUGGAUAAUUCCAUAUCAAAUUAUUAUACCUAGAAAUACAUACUUAUCGAACUCGAUACCAUCAAUUAAGUUUUUAAUUUAUUUUACUUGUGAAACACCAAAAUCAAUUGCACACAGAUUGUGUUGACAUUGACGUUUGACAUUUGACGUAUGGUAAAUAACAAUACUUUCGUUAUAAAAAAAAUAAAUAAAAGCAAAUACUAAAGUAACGAUAUUUUUAUGAACCAUACAUUUUUAAACGAAAUAAUUACGAGAUGCAAAAAUGAAAUAUUACCAAUUCGUCCUCUUAGGUUUUAACCGAAUUCAACCUAAAAUAAUAACGUAACUAUUUAUUUAAUUAGUAUUACAACUUUAAAUUAUAAAGCGAAUAAUAAAACAGUUAUAACCUAAGAAUAAUUACAAGAUCUCAAUAAAGGGCUAUGAAGCCGUAAAAAAGUAAUAAUUUUGAUAUGUUGUGCUACACAUUGUUAAUCUGCAUUGUAUAUUACUUAAAAUAUUUUGUCUCCAAGAAAUAUUCCAGAUUCAAACAAUUAAGAGAACUUAAUAUAACAGAAAUGAUAUGGAUUUCUGAAGAUAAAAUAAUACCUAUAUUUGAACUGAUUUUUACCAUUUUCUAUUUAUUGGUUUUCUUUAGUUUACUCAAAUUGUUCAUGCUCUUUUAUAAAAUGGUUUAAAUAUAUAAUAAAGUUUAUCUUUAACACUCAGUAUAAACAAACACCGAGUUUACAAUAACAAUAAGAUUGAAAUCUAUCUGUUUCUGGAAUUUUUCGUGUAAACAAGUAUUUAAUUUAUGGUCUAAAUGUUGGACACAACCUGCCAAAGUAUGUUGUGGUCAAUAUGCAUCUUUUAAAAUAAUUUCUUUGUGCUUAAAUGUAAUUUUUUAAAGAAUAUAAAUAGCGGUUCUAACACUA